AUGGCGUCAAGUGAAAAGGACGAUCUCGAGGUUGGCGAGAAGCAGUCAAGGACCAGCUCUUCGCCGUCUGUUUCCAAUCCUAUCGAAGAAAAAGAGACCGAUGUCGAAGCCGCGAAGCCACCCGCAGCCGCUGCCGAUGUCGAUGCCGAUGCCGACCCGAACGAGGUGGACUGGGACGGGCCCGACGACCCCCAUAAUCCGAAGAAUUGGCCGGUCUGGAGACGGGGCGUGAUUGUCGGCAUGGCCAUGUUCGAUCGUCUUCUCGACAUCUCUGGCGGCUUCCGCGGUCGCCCCGGCGGUGCCUCAACUCCUCGAGGACUUGGGUUCGAGCAACGACGUGGCGGGGACCUCAUGGGCACUGCCGUUGGGCCCCUACUCCUGGCGCCGUUGUCCGAGCUGCGCGGCCGUCGCAUCGUCUACAAUCUGGCCAACCUGGGCUUCUCUGCGUUCACGAUCGGAUGCGCACUGUCUCCGACCUUGGGCGGACUGAUCGCUCUGCGAUUCCUGCAAGGGUGUGCUGCCUCAUGCUCCAUCAACAACGGCGGCGGGACGAUUGCCGAUGUCGUCCCAACGCACCGCAGAGGCUCGGUCAUGUCCAUCUUCUCCAUGGCGUUCAUGUUCGGCCCCGUGAUCGGUCCCAUCAUUGGCAGCUAUCUGGCCGCAGCUGCUGGCUGGCGAUGGACCGGCACACUUGGAGUCAUCAACGCCAUCUUCACGCGAGAGACGUACGCGCCCGUAAUCCUCGAGCGCAAGGCCAAACGACUGCAGAAAGAAAUCGGCAACAAGGCGUUGUACGCCAAAGGCCAGCGUCAGCUCCCCUUUGCCGAUCUUAUGAGACGGAACUUCUCCCGCCCCAUCAGGAUGCUGCUCUUCUGCCCUCUCAUCACCGGCCUGUCUCUGUACAUUGCGUUCGUCUAUGGUGUCACGUACCUGCUGUUCUCGACAUUCUCUUUCAUGUUCGAGGGGCAGUAUCACUACAGCCGGGCGAACCUGGGUCUGGCAUAUCUUGGGCUGGCUGUGGGAAUGUUCAUCUCGUUGACGAUUGCGGGGCUGGUCAGUGACAAGACAUACGUGCACUUGACACAGAAGCAUGGGGAGGAGAAACCGACUAUUCCGAUCGGACUAUUCUUCUACGGGUGGACAGCCCAGUACCAAGUCCACAGCUCCGUGCCCAUCAUCGCAACGGCGUUCAUCGGCUUCGGAAACAUGUUCACAUUCCACCCGACUCAGACAUACAUGAUAGACGCUUACACGAAAUACGCGUCCAGUGCCAUCGCAGCCAGCAGCGUCCUGCGAAGCCUGGCCGGGGCUCUCCUGCCCCUGGCCGGUCUUCCGCUGUACGACAAGCUUGGUCUGGGUUGGGGGAACUCGCUGCUUGGAUUUCUGGCACUGGCGAUGGGGGCGCUGCCGUUGCUGUUCAAUAGGUAUGGCGAGCAAUUGCGGAAGAGGUACCCGCUCGAUUUGGACUAA